UGUUGCUUCUGCUCUGCUGGUUUCUCCAGUUCCUCCAAACCUCAUCUUCCCAAGCUCAAACCCUGGCCCUGGAAAAUCACUGCCUGCUCAACUUCCCUGUCUGCUCCAACAACCAGCUGUUUUCACUCCAUCUCUAAAAAGCAUUUGCUCAGUCAACCACGAACUCCAGUUUAGAAUCAUCCACUAUGGCUGUCGCCUUGACCAGCUCGUACAUGUGCGAAGAGUUCACCGCCGAACCCGUGAGUUUCCGCCAAGCGUCGUACCCAGACUUUCUCGAUAGCUGCUCAGCAGCAGCGUCCGCCGAGCCACUUUCUCCGUCGCAAUCCCCCACUCCAUACGCCGACUACCACCACCACCAACAGCUGCAGCAGCAACAACCACCAUCGACCUCAAAACUCCACCUGUCGCGACUAACGUCCGGCCGCCAGCAACAAAGCAGCAGCCACCACGGCCAAGCUUUCCGCUCGCUUCCCUGCAUCCGGUCCGGAGUCACAGUCCAUCCCGUAAGGAAGAACGGCCACGUAACCCUAAUGGAGAUCCGGACUAUCUCCCCCGUCUCCAUCCGCUGCGUCCGGCAAAACGGCCGUCUUAUGAUGGAAAAGACACAGCGCGGACCGUCCGGGUCGCCGUCGGGGCGACUCACCCCCAGCGGUUCGAUUCGAUCUUCGGAUUCAGAUCUGAGCCCUCCAUCGUCAGUCACAAGCUCUCGUCGCUUCUCUGGCUCGUACGCGCCUUUGGAUUCCUCGGUUAACGGCAGCGCGUCUUCGAGUCCGACCCGGUCCCCGUUUUCCGAGCAUACCUUGAGAAAGGCGGUGAGCGGAAGCAGCGCCGUUCCUGCGGUGACGUUGAAGGCUGUGCCGUGUAACCCGUUGUCUCGUUCGCAGACGCUUCCGAGGGAUUACGAUCAGGUUGUUUUUACCCAAUGAAACAGCAUGGCGAUUAUGAAGGCGUCUGCUUACUUCAUAUGCAAUGGCUGAGAGAGACAGCAACCGCACCGCACCCGCAUGAUGUGCGGGACUACUUUCGGUUGGAUGAGAUGCGGAUGAUGAGAAGCAGACAGCGAGCAGCUCUUGCGUCGCCCGCGCGGCUUCGCGAGAGUUUUACCACGUCAACGCGUUCGCGCGUGGAAUUUUCUGCUACGCUGUGCGACUCCGACUCCGUUUUCGCCUCAAGCAGGCACCUGUUGGUGGCUGUUGAUGUGUACAGGGCCUGCCCCAGGCUUCACUAUUUGUAUCACGCAGACACCUGUGCUGUGGGCAUAGGAUGCUGCGCAUUUUUUGGCCAUCGCCCUCUCGAGGGUGCUGGCUCUCUGCCAUAAGUGAUGUGCCUCCUAAUUGGUUGUUUAGAUGCGCCGUUGACUUUCCCGUGUAUUGCCAUUCUGACUGAAGAAUUUAAAUUU